GAACCUAUAUAUAUAUAUAUUUAUAAUAAAACCCAACAUCCCUCCUCCUCCGUCUUUGUUUCCUCAUCAUUUUUUGCCGCCGCCUUCAGGUAAAGUCAAACAGGUAAACUAAACUUAAAAGAUGGGGCGUGUCCGAACCAAGACCGUGAAGAAAUCAUCACGUCAAGUGAUCGAGAAGUACUACUCUCGCAUGACGCUCGACUUCCACACCAACAAGAAGAUCCUCGAAGAAGUAGCCAUCAUCCCUUCUAAGCGUCUCCGCAACAAGAUUGCUGGGUUCUCCACUCAUCUCAUGAAGAGGAUCCAGAAGGGACCGGUCCGCGGCAUCUCGCUCAAGCUUCAAGAGGAGGAGCGUGAGCGCCGCAUGGACUUUGUGCCCGAUGAGUCUGCUAUCAAGACCGAUGAGAUCAAGGUCGACAAGGAGACUCUUGAGAUGCUUGCUUCCCUUGGUAUGUCUGACGUUGCUGGCGUCUCUGUGGUUGAGCCUCUGACUGUGGCUCCUGCUUUUGGUGGCAGGCCACAAAGAAGGUUCUAAAGGAGUUUAUUAUCACUAUUAUGAGUCAAUCAAAGAGAAACCUGCUGUUCUUAUAGUGUUUAUUGUUUCUUUUGAUUCGAGAUUUUUAUGUCCCAAGCUGAAAGUGAGACUACUUUUCUACUAUAUGAGUUUUUGAGUUUUUGUU